GCCUGCGGAACAUCAGAGCCAUGUCCGCCACCGCUUGCCAGACCGCACCUGUCGGACUCAUGUCCAGACGAUCGUUCCAUGCCAAGCCAAAGCUCAACUCGGCCGGUGAGGCCGCUCCGGUGCAGCAAGAUGCCGUGCUCGAGAACAAGCAACCGAUAUCCGUCUUCGACAGCAUCCGGGAGCGGCGGGCCAAGGCCGGCAAGCUCGUCGCCGGCGUUGCUGCCGUAUCUGACAGUGACAUGUUCAAGGCGCCAUCUCAUGGGAAGCCGGAAGCCAAAAGAUGGGACCACCACCUGAGCCACGAAGCCGCGGUGCGCAAGCCAUGCACCCUCAAGCAAGCCGCUCGUUUUCUCAAGACCCCAGGUCUCAUCUCCCUCGGCGGCGGCUUGCCGUCGAGCGAGUAUUUCCCCUUUUCAGAGCUCACCAUGCGUGUGCCCACGCCACCAGACUUCGCUGAGAAAGACAAUCUCUCUGCACAAAGUCCCACGGCGCAGACCAUUAGCAUAGGCAAGUAUGAUGUGCGCGAGGGCAAGUCGGAAUACGACCUGUCCAUCGCCCUCAACUAUGGCCAGUCUACGGGCUCCGCUCAGAUGAUGCGCUUCGUCACAGAACAUACCGAGCUGGUCUACAACCCACCGUACGCAGACUGGAAGGUGUGUCAGACAGUAGGCAGCACAGGCGCCCUCGAGCAGGCCUUGCGCAUGCUCUGCGACCGUGACAGGGGUGACUCGGUCCUCACCGAGGAGUACAGCUUCUCGACCGCCCUCGAAACCAUCGGCCCCCUGGGCAUCAAGACCUUUGGCGUCAAGAUGGACGCCGAGGGCCUGUUGCCCGAGAGCAUGGACGAGCUCCUGACAUCGUGGGACGAGAAGGCUCGCGGCGCCCGCAAGCCGCAUGUUCUGUACACUGUUCCUUCAGGCCAGAACCCCACCGGCGCCACCCAGGGACCUGAGCGUCGCCGCGCCGUCUACGCUGUGUGCCAGAAGCACGAUGUUUACAUCAUCGAGGAUGAACCCUACUACUUCCUGCAAAUGCAGCCUUAUGCCGGCAAGGAUGCGCCGGUGCCGCCACCGCCGGCGAGUGUUGACCAGUUCCUCGCCGACCUGGUCCCCUCGCUGCUGAGCAUGGACACGGACGGCCGCGUCUUGAGGAUGGACUCAUUUUCCAAGGUACUGGUGCCAGGCUCACGACUCGGAUGGAUCACGGCGUCGGCGCAGAUGGUGGAGCGAUAUAUCCGCCACGCCGAGGUCGCCAACCAGGGCCCGAGCGGCUUCUCACAGGUCAUGCUGUGGAAGCUGCUGGACGAGACGUGGGGCCAUGAGGGCUACCUGAAGUGGUUGAUCGACUUGAGGAUGAACUACACGCGGCGCCGCAACAUGCUGCUCGCCGCCUGCGAGGACCACUUGCCGAAGGAUAUCGUAUCUUGGACCCCGCCUGCCGCAGGCAUGUUCCUCUGGCUCAAGGUCGACCACACCAAGCACCCCGACUACCCGCAGCGCUCAAUUCUGGAGAUCGAGGAAGACAUCUUCAACAACGCCAUUGGAAACGGUGUUCUCUGUGCGCGGGGCUCCUGGUUCCGUACUGAGCCUGGCACGCCUGCGAAGGACAUGUUCUUCCGGGCGACCUUUGCCAGCGCAUCGGAGGAGGCCAUGAGCACAGCUAUUCAGAGACUGGGGGCGGCGAUCAAAACUUCGUAUCGCAUGGACUGA